CAUUUACUGAGGAGAUAUUCACGAUUAAAAUAGUUCGUCACUGAGAUCUUCUGACAAGUCAACUCAAUCUACAGUUUCGCACAAAGAUUCAUACCCGUCACACCUAACGUCCUUCUCAACCAGUUGUUAUUGUUCACCUGCAUUAUUGAAGAGACAGUGAAUUCCCAGCGACUCUGAAUUUUUUUAACCAUAAUCCUCACGGAUUACGUAAGACAUUUUAAAUAAAAAUGUUUAGCAAGAAGAAAGAGGUUAAAAAACGCACGACUAAACCCGCUAAUGAAGCUGGUGACUCAAUGGAUUUCUUGAUAAAUCCAGUUGGCAAUGACGAGGAUGAUGAUGAUGAGGCGUUGGAGGCGGAAUUGCGUCGUUUAACUAGUGGAGAAGAGAUUCGAGCUCGACCUAAAGCACCUGCACGAAAGCCUAAAAAGCCAGUCGUCGAAAUCCCCAAGGACAUCAACUCAGACGAGGAAGACGACGAGGACGUGGAUGAGAACGACCCAGAGCUCCUGAACGAAUUAAAGGGGAUAAUAUCAGACGAUGAGGAGCCGGAAGCCGAGGCAGCCCCUGAGGAGGCCUCUCCCACAGUGGAGACGGAGACAACUUCCUUGCUGGAGAAGAGAUUGGAGAUGUACAAGGCUGCUGAGGCUAAAGCAAAGAGUCAGAACGACACGAGCAAGGCCAGGAGGUAUGGGCGAGGAGUGAAGACUCUCCAGGGGUUGUUACAUUCUACUCAGGGUGGGGGUGCUAUUGAUGAGUCCGAAAUUCCCCCAGAGCUGCCUCCAUCGGCGUUACCUCAUGAUGAAUCUGCAGGUGAAGGGUCAGCCCCACCACCCCCAGAAAUUGUUCCUGAGCCUCCAGAACCCACGCCAGAGCCAUCAGAAACACCUGAAACCCCUGCAGUCCCCCCAACAAUCGACCAGGAAGGUUUAUCCCUCCUGAAACAGCGUCAACAAGAAUACAGAAUAGCUGCAGUGACAUGGAAAAAAUCAGGAAACGUAGAGCAAGCCCUAAACCACGUGAAAAUAGCAAAACAGUUCGACAUAGUCAUCGCAGCCCUCAAUGCAGGUGAAACAGUGGACCUAUCGGACAUGCCACCCUCCCCCCAGCUCCCUGGGGAUGCUGUAACUGCGUCGGAGCCUGCAAAUCCCCCCGUGGAAGCCCAAAAAGAGGAGAAUGAGACUCAGGAAUCAUCAGGAGGGGAAUCAGCAGCUCCAAUAACAGGGGAAGGGAUAGCAGGGGCGUUGAAAGAGCGUUUGGAAGUCUAUCGUCGAACUAAAACAGCUGCAGAGGAGGAGGGAAACUCCUCGAAGGCCAGGAGAUACGGGAGAAUCUGUAAACAGUACGAAGACGCCAUCAAACUCCAUGCCAAGGGGAAACCUGUGGAUUUCAACGAGCUUCCAACGCCCCCAGGGUUUCCUCCAAUCGUUGUUGAUUCUCCAGCACCACCUGGACCACCUCCAGGGCCCAGUAGACCUGCCCCAGCACCUCCAGGACCCAGUGAACCUGAGAAACCCAAGGCAAUCCCCAGAAAACCCAUGACGAAUCCAAAAACAAGGGCUGACAAGCAGAUUUUCCUUCUGGAACGCAGACAAGCUGAACUGAAACGUGCAGCACUGACUGCCAAGAAGGAUGGGGACCUGGAGCUGGCUAGGGACUACCUCAGGCAGGCGAAAGGCAUCGAUCCUCUCAUUAAUGCGAGCAGAGCUGGCCUGCCUGUAGACAUGAGCUCACUUCCACUUUCUCCCAAUGCUAAGACACAGCUUGAGGCCUCUUCUGAUGAGAGUUUUGCUCUGGUGUCCUCUGAGGAGUGUCAGCCCAUCGAUGAGAACAGUUCGGAUUCGGAGAUUUAUGAUAAUCUGGAGGCUACUUUGAUCAAACACAAGAAGGCGUGCUUGUCCACGAGGGAUCAUGCCAAGGCUCUGGGGGAUGUGCCUGGCUACAACAGGUGGGAGAGACUCGCCUUGGGGUACAGCAAGGAUCUUGAUAUGUUGAGGGUCAGGAGGAGGGAUGGACUACCACCCCCACAACAUCAUUAUGAGGUCAAGACUUAUGCUAUUGUACAGAGCUGCACAGAUUUAAACGAUGGUGAUGUAGAAAUACAGAUCAUAAGGGGAAUAAACUAUCCAAAGGAGGCAGACACCUAUGUUAUCUACGAAUUCCCAUAUCCAAGUGAUAGUCCACCGACUGAUCGCACUUCAACGAUCAAAAAUACCAGCGAUCCUGAGUACGAUGCUACCUUUACGUUGUCUGGUAUAGUAGACCGAUCGAGCAGGCCCUGUCAACGUGCCUUCAAGAGGCAUGGGCUCAAGUGUCAAGUGUGGUCCAAAGGAUGCUCGAUGAAUCCUCUGCUGUGUUGCACUCACCCAAGGGGAUUUUUCAGAAGUGACAGUCUUCUGGGGACUGUCACCGUCAAACUUCUGCCAUUGGAGUCACAAUGCACUCUCCACGAUUCAUUUCCGUUGAUGAAUGGAAGAAAAGCAGCUGGUGGUAAGCUAGAGGUGAAAAUCCGCCUGAGAAAUCCAAUCCUAACGAAGCAGAUUGAGAGAAUAACCGACAAAUGGUUAAUAAUCGACAACUGAUGCGGAAAUAUUUUUUACUUCUCUGUAUUUUAAAGCCAUUGCAUUUCUCUUCUGCAGUUCCAUUGCGUAAAUCAUUGAUUAUAGAUUGAUAACGAUUUUAUGAUGCCUUAUGAAAUUUAUGUGAUGUGAUACAUUUGCAAAUAUUUUUUUUCUGAAAUGUACUAUUAUUUAAACAGCUAAUUAAAUAAACAGCAUAUUAUUACAAUA